CAGGCUAGAAGUAGCUGAAAUCAAUCCAGAACAGGUUCCCCGAGCAUAAAGGCCCGGGUGAAAGGCAGUAUGAAGAUAUUUGAGAAAGCCAGAGACAUGCUGCAACCAGCUUUGCUGACAGAACAAGGACAACAAAACGGUGAGGCAGAGGAAUUGGACAGAAGAAGCUAUCCAGACAACCGACCCUCUGCUAGUUGUUCCACCACACACAGCAGACCCCUCGUGAAGCGUCACAAGCCUGGAGGGAAUUUGAUGUUUUAUAGCACUCUUGGCGAAGACAUGCCUGACAGAAGUGAGGUUGUCACUGGGAAACGGUUUGGAAGCCAUUCAUGCAGACGUGAUCACAUCACUUCUUUCUGUUUUCUAGCAAUGUUCAUUGCCUUCCUUUCUGCUCUCUGCUUUAAAUAUUCAUGCCUAGUUUCCCAGUGCUGGCAUCUCUUACCACGAGUCCACUAUUUACCCAGAAAGACAAUGGGACAGGGAUCUCACAGCAAGAAACCAAAGGGUCAAAUUCUCUCUAGACUAAGUAGGUCAGAACCAUUAGAGGUAAUCAAAGGGGAUCCUAUGAGGCCCACAGGGAGUCUAGAGAAGGGCUGGGCGGGUGGUGAAGCCACUAAGAGGGAAAGCCAAGGUGGCUCUUGGCACUGGCACUCUUCCAGUGGGAAAGCAGUCAAGGCAGGCCUGGUGGGGGUGAAGGGAUUUCGUGGUGCAACCAAGUCACUGACAGGCCUUAGUGCUGGGAAGAGGGAAUGUCCAGUGAGACCUUGAUCUUCACUGCCCCUCUGUGCCGAGAGGAAAGGUCCUGGGGAGGGAGGAGGGCUGCCGCUUUGCUUUGAAUGUUGGAAAGGGCCAGGAGACUGUUUCCUUCAUGAGCAAGCGUAUGGAAGUUACCUAACCUUCUUAAAUUUCCUCAUUUGUGUAACAGGGUUAAUGAACAUGCUGUGCCUGGCAGUGAUGACGUAAAGUUAAGCUCUUUCAUGUUUGUUAGGUAAUACAAUGGGCAGCACCAUAGAAACCCAUAAAUAAUGUACAUUGAAGUUCUGUCGAGGUAUUAGCCUUGUUUUAACAGUGCAGAUAUUACAUGAGUUGCUACCAGCAAGAAGCUUCUCUUAAUUAGGAUCAAAACUUUCUUUUUUUAGACUUGCUUUAAUGACUUUUGAGGCUGAACACAUUUCACUUGCCCUGUCUUUGUGGCAAUUUAUUAUAAUUUCUUCUUCAAACUUACAACUCCUUUUCACGCAACAUUAAACAUUCCUUCUCAUUAUUAUUCCUUCUCAUAUCUUUGAAUUUGAGUUUCUUUCUCUCUCUUGUAUAAUCAGUUUCUCUAAAGUCUAAAUUCAGCUUUGACAUCUCUCUAUGUCCUCCUCAUAGCCACUAUAGGAUUUGGUUCAAACACACAAUGAAAAAGAAAGGAGCUUUGGGGCUGGUUCUGAUGAAAUAGGAGCUCUCUUUUCAGUUUCACACCUUGGCUAAAGGCUUAUCUGCAACUUGAAAUGCCCCAAAAUAGCUGUUCCACACAGAGAAUGUGCACAGAGAUGCACACAGAAAAUGAAUCUGCCAUAAUCAUCUCCAGACAGGUCUUGUGAAAUCUGCAAUUUUGAUACAUGGACUGAGCCCAGAUGGCUGGAGGGCAGCACCAGGGAGCCGUUCGGGUCCUGACAUGGCAAUCUAGAGGGCUGGAGUCAGUCUCAGUCCUACUACAGGGAUUUCUGGUUGGAUGUGAGUCAGGCUGGAUCUCUGGGCCAUCUGUAAUCCAAGUUACAGCUGCUUUUCUAAACCCUUCCUGAUUUCCUUCCUGCAGCUCCACGUAACUAUUCUUUGAAGCUAUGGUGUGUUCAACACCUUUUUUUUCUGUCUUUCUGUCUCCAGCAGUUUCAACGCUCAGACUUGGAGUGCUUCUGGGAAUAAGGAGCUAUAGGUGCCAAGAAAGCUUUUCUUGCCAAAGCCCUAUCUAGCAUUGCAAA